AUGAAUGCUCCGGAUAGGUAUGAAGCUAUCCUGCUCGCUCCUGGUGAAAGCAAGAUUGACGUUGAGAUCGAUACCCGCCUCCCUUCUGCUGCCAUAUUUACUUUCCGCAAAGAAGACCACACCCUUGGCAACAUGCUGCGCCACCGUCUGUUGAAGACCGCUCAUGUGAUUUUUGCUGCCUAUCGCGUCCCCCACCCGCUGACCCCCGAGUUCCAGCUGCGUAUCCAGACUGACGGCGAGGUCACCCCCCGCCAGGCGGUCAUCAACGCCUCCGAGGCUCUGAUCAAGGACCUCGGCAUCUUGUCUCGGGAAUUCACUAAGGAGUACGAACUCCGCAAGGCUGCCAACGCCGCUAACCAGCAACAGCAGAACACUGCUGAGUAA